GCGCCUUGGGAGAUGGAGGUUCUGCGGCGCUCCUCGGUGUUCGCGGCGGAGGUGAUGGAAGUGUUUGACCGCUCUCCCACCGACAAAGAGCUCGUGUCCCAGGCCAAAGCCCUGGGCCGGGAAUACAUCCACUCCCGGCUCAUCCGGGCCGGCCUGGUCUGGAGCAAACCCGAGGCCAAGACCCCGACGCCUGGCGGGAAGCUGGCGGAGGUGGCCAGCAUCCUCCUGCGGCUGGGGGAUGAGCUGGAGUACAUCCGGCCCAACGUCUACCGGAACAUCGCACGGCAGCUCAACAUCUCCCUGCAGUCCGAGAGCGUGGUGACGGACGCCUUCCUGGCCGUGGCCACGCAGAUCUUCGCAGCAGGCAUAACAUGGGGCAAAGUGGUCUCCCUCUAUGCCGUGGCAGCAGGGCUGGCAGUGGACUGUGUGAAGCAGGCCCAGCCAGCCAUGGUCCAUACCAUCGUGGACUGCCUGGGAGAGUUUGUGCGCAAGACCCUGGUGACUUGGCUCAAGAGGCGAGGAGGAUGGGCAGACAUCAUGAAGUGUGUGGUGAACAGUGACCCCAGCCUUCGAUCCCACUGGCUCGUGGCCGCCCUCUGCAGCUUCGGGCACUUCCUGAAGGCCAUCUUCUUUGUCCUGCUGCCGGAGAGAUGAGCGCCGGGGCCAGAGCCGCGCUGCCCCUGCACACCCUGGACUCUGGGGCGGGAAGGGCUCGUGUCUGGCCCGCGGGGGCUGCUGGGGCUGCUUCUAGAUCGUCUUUCGCUUUGGGAACAGGUGGCAAGCCCUGUGGAAUCUCGUUUCGCCCCGGCUGCAGUGAGCAGAGGCCGGGAUCCUGGGAAGCUGCUGGACCGGCUUUCUCCACCAUCCCAGAAUCCCUCGCUGGUCCCUCGCCUCUGCUCCGUCCGUGGCGGGAAUGGUCAGCCUUCUCUUUUCAAAGCCGUCCUUGGCUCGUCUCCACCCCGUCUCUCAUCCUGCUUGUGUCCCCUGGCCCUGGCCCUCUCUUUCUUGGACCCCGGUGACCAUCUUCCUUGCCUCCAGUCUCUCAUCUCUUCAGGCCUCCCUCCACACAGCUGACAAAACGUAUUCCCCAAGACAGUGCCGGCUGCGGCACUCUCCUGCUUAAAGCCUCUCGGUGGCUCCCUAGUGCCCCUGGGAUCAUUCCUUAGCCUGGCUCUAGAAAUAGAGGUAGCGGCUCGAUGCCUUUCCUUUUACCCGACAACUGCCUGCAGUUGUCCUCCCCAGGGAACCUUCCCUCUCCAGAAAGAACAGCAGUUAGGAAAAAUCCAUGGACCCUGGAAAGGGGGUCCGAUGUCUUCGACGGUAGCAUUCUGCACGCACAGGCUCCCACCUCUCCAAGGAGUGGAGGCAGGAGUACUUCUUCAUCUCUUCUCCAGACAUUGUCACUCUAGACUCCAGCCAAACUGGACCCCUUCGCCCUACUCCGGAACCCCCAUCUCCGUGCGUUUGACCAAGCUGUGCCCCAACGUGUGAAACACACUCCUUCCUCCUUGGCACCUUUCGGGCUCCCCUUCCUCCCUCUCCAUCCAGUUGUUUCUGAUCUCUCCAUUCUGUAUUGAUGUAUUUAUUUAAGUGUGGCCGUGUGGAAUCCCCCCAGAGGAAUGGAAGCUCCCCGAGGGCCAGGACGGUUCUCCUCGGUACCCUGGCACCUAGCACAGGGCCCGGCAUGCAGGGGGUGCUUAACAAAUGGUGGCUGAUGGAUGGAUCCCGAGGUUGUCAGGGCUCCCCAGGUCCCCUCCGGUUAUCUCCUCCCUGGCGUUUCCUUAUGUGGGUACCUUGUAGCUCCGAGUAGAAUGGAAGCUCCCCACAGGCAGGACUUGUUUUCCUUUUUCUCUGUAGCCUGGCACCUAGUAGUUACCUAAUAAAUGUUUGUUGAAUGAAUGAGUAAAGGCAGAGAGCAGUCAACCCCCUCCCCGCCUCCCCACAUAUUCUCUACAGGAGUUGCUCUUGGGUCUUGCUUGCGGUGGGCCCUGGAGAGCUUCAGAUGGCCUCCAAGAUUUCAGCCUACCAGAGGCACAACGCCUCUCCCUCUGCCCAAGAUUCCAAGGCCAGGAGUGGAAGGGAAGAGCUCCGCGAGGGCCGGGGCGGCACAUCCAGAGGCUUCCCUCUGGCCACAGGGAGGGAGGGAGGAAGCUGAAAAGGAUUGUGCAAGGAAUCAGGGCUUGGGAGACAUUCCUUCCAAAUCCAUUUCCCAGACUGGAAGUAUUCUAAUGAGGAGUUUCCUGAUCUCAGGACAUCCAAAGAACCUGCUCUGGGGGCAGCUGGGUGGCUCAGUGGAUUGAGAGCCUGGCCUAGAGACGGGAGGUCCUGGGUUCAAAUAUGGCC